AUGCCGGCCGCUGUAGCAGGGCAUAGUCACCGCCCGACUACAAAGGUCUCCCACAAGGCCUUCAAGUCUAAGAAAACCACCAAAGGCGCUUUGCGCGACCAGUCAAAAGGCAAAGUACCAAACGAACGGAGGAGGACCCCCCAGCAACAAGUCAUGUCGAAACUCGACCGUCGAAACCACAACCGCCAACGCCAGCUGGAGAAGCAGCGCGAGCACCGGCAAGAGACUUCCGUCUUCAACGGACGAGAUGGUGCUCCCAGAAAUGUCGCUGUCAUUCCGCUGUGCGGUGACUGCGACGCCACUGCUGCGAUUGCUGCUUUGAAUAGCAGUCUCGAUAUCGAGGCCGAGCUCAAGGCCGGCUGCAACAGGGUGUCUGUCGACCGUUUCAAGCAGAAACUACAAUAUUUCCCCGUCGAUAGGGACCUCACUGCCUGUCUCGAUGCCGCUCGAGUCGCCGACUUUGUCGUUGUUAUCCUGUCGGCUGAAGAAGAGGUCGACGACGUUGGAGAGCUUAUUUUGCGCAGCGUGGAGAGCCAAGGUCUUUCUACCCUCUUCACAGUGGUUCAUGGUCUCGCAAAGGUCGAGCCUUCCAAACAGAGGCUGUCCGUUCUCGAUUCCCUCAAGUCCUACAUGCGUCACUUUCACCCGGACCAGGAAAAGCUCUACAGCCUCGACAACAGGCAAGAAUGCUCCAACUUGAUGCGUUCUCUAUGCAGCACGACGCCAAAGGGUGUACGUUGGCGGGAUGAGAGGAGUUGGAUUCUCGCUGAGGAUGUUCAGUUCGCUGCUACCGAUGCUGAUUCUACUGUGGUCACUGGAGUAGUACGUGGCAAGGGCUUACAGGCCGACCGUCUUGUCCAGCUUGGUGACUGGGGAACAUUUCAAAUCGAGAAGGUCGUUGAUGCGCCCUUAUCAACAAGAAAAAAGGCAAAGGACGACGACAUGACACUUGACGGCGCAGCAGUUGAGACGCUAGCAGUGCCUGGGGAGGAUCAAGAGGAUCUUGACGACUUGGCACCGGAAGAGGUCGUCAUGGACGACCAGAUGGAUGAUGAUACAGAUGGCGAUGCCAUUCCCUCGGCUCCAGAGCCCAGCAAGAAGGGUGUUCUUCUUGAUGAACACCAUUACUUCUCCGAUGAGGAGGCGGCCAAACACCGGAUUCCAAAACGGCUGCCCAAAGGCACAUCUAACUAUCAGGCGGCAUGGUAUCUGGACGACGAGGACAUCUCCGACUCGGGAUCCGAUCUUGAGGAUUACGACAUGCAAGAUGCCAACACUGCUCAGGCUGCUCCCGAGGAUGGCACGGAGGGUGUAGCCGAUGCCCAAACCGAGGUCGGCCAGUCAGAGUAUCCACAGUCGGAGAUGUUUGUUGAGCCCAACGAGGCCGAGGACGCGGAGCAGCUCGCUGCCUACAGGGCCGCCAAGCGCGACGAGGCAGAGGAUGAUCUCGAAUUUCCUGACGAGAUUGAGCUGCAUCCCAACGUACUGGCGAGGGAGCGGCUGGCACGGUACCGCGGUCUCAAGAGCCUGACCUUCAGUCCCUGGGAGGAGGAUGAGGAUCGUGCCUACGAACCCGAGGAGUGGCAGAGGCUUCUCAGAAUCUCCGAUUACCGCUCAUCGCGAGUCCGCUCAACACGUGAGGCGCUGGUGGGAGGUGUUGAGCCCGGCACCCGCGUCUCUAUCUUCCUAAAGGGCGUUCCAGAAUCCGUCAAAGAGUUGUAUAGCCCAUCCAAGCCAGUCACUCUCUUCUCGCUGCUCAGGCACGAGAAUAAGCGCACGGCGCUCAACUUCCUCAUCAACCUCAGCUCGGAUCAUCCAUUCUCGAUCAAAUCCAAGGAAGAGCUUAUCAUGCAGUGCGGCCCUCGGCGCUUUGUUAUCAAUCCGCUCUUCUCCCAGGGUGGCAACACGCCCAAUGAUGUACACAAGUACUGCCGCUACUUGCAUCCAGGGCAGUCGGCCGUUGCUACGUUCAUGGGCCCCGUGACCUGGGGCGCCGUUCCGACUCUGUUCUUCAAGCGGUCUGCCUCUGGCGGAGAGGAUGGUACCGAGGCGUCGGACGUGCCAUUGACGCUUGUCGCUACGGGAACAGCUAUGCCUCCUUCCACUUCUCGUGUCAUUGCCAAGCGGGUCAUCCUCACCGGACACCCGUACCACAUCCACAAGAAGAUCGUCACCAUCCGUUACAUGUUCUUCAACCGUGAGGAUGUCGAGUGGUUCAAAGCCCUUCCUUUGUGGACCAAGAGGGGCCGCAGCGGAUUUAUCAAGGAGAGUUUGGGUACACACGGCUACUUCAAGGCCACCUUUGACGGUCGCAUCAACCCCCAGGACACCAUUGGUGUGAGUCUCUAUAAGAGAGUGUGGCCGAGGAAUUCGAGGCCCUUUUAUGGCUCCUUGUUCGUCUCGAUGGGGGCGGGCCAGGCAGCGCCGGCCGAUUCUAUGGACGAGGAUAUGGCUUAG